AUGCAUUCGUGCGGUUGGUAUUUCUGGCAAUUCUGGCAACAUCGUAUCGGCAGCAUUAUUUGUCUACAAUUCUAUAUCCAUUUCAACGUAAAAAUGGCGGAUUGUAAGGAGAGUACAGAAGAUAUCGAUCGUUCAUCACUCGUCCUGAAAGUCGAUCCGCCAGAGGAAUUGCUGGAAGACUCCACGAAAGAUUCAACAACUGACAAUUUGGUGGUAGUUCCAACUGAUCAGGACACACACGUUAAUGAUGAAACAAAGACUAUAGUGGAAUCAAAUGAUCAAGAAUCUGCAGCUGUUAAGUCACCUAAUAAAAAACAAUUUCCUGUGCUAGCUGUCUCGAAGCUGGGAAACUCGUUUGGUGUUAAUGAAUUUUCAAACCCCAUAACUAGUAAAUUAAAGCCGUCUAUUCUAAGGCCGUCGCAAUUAAGUGUUAUAACUAAUAGUUCUGUGGGUACUACUGACAAAACUGCUGUUUUACAACCAGCGAAAUUUCACAAUCCAUUUGUAAAGGCUGCUGAUAAUUCUACUAUAGACGAAGAUGAGCCCCUAACGAAAAGUAAUAAAACCGAAACGAGCAAGGAUUUUAAAAGCGAGGAGAAAACUACGGAAGACGUGAAAUUAAAAUUUUUGCCUUUGGGUGCGAGCACCAAAGAGAAUGAAAACAAUGUAAAUAAUACCGUGGCGUCCAGUACGUCUACUCCUAGCUUCGUAUUUGGUCAGAACUUGAAAGAACGCGUUACCGUUUCAAAUGACACUGAAAGCUUGAAUAAUUCUGAGAAAGAGGAGACAAAUAGCGAGGAGAGUAAUGAAAAUGGAUCGUCUGAACUUCUAUUUUCAAACGCAGCCGCAAAUUGUCGUACUACGGUGAGGCCUGGUUUAACAUUGACUCAAGCGGCACAGGUAUUGGAGGAAGCUAAUCGCGCAAAUAAGAGAAAAUAUAAUCAAGUAACAUUGUUAACUGGAGAAGAAGGAGAAACAAAUAUUCUUCAGAUUAAUUGCAAAUUAUUUGCUUUUGAUAAGACCAGUAGCAGUUGGCAGGAAAGGGGGAGAGGCACACUAAGACUUAACGAUCGAGAUGAAGAAUCUCGUUUAGUCGGUCGUACCGCUGGCACGCAACGGUUGAUCCUAAAUACAAAAGUAUGGCCGGGUAUGACCGCAGAACGUGCUGGACCUAAAUCGUUAAGAUUGACCGCUAUGGACGUUCACGGAGAUAUUAGGAUCUUUAUUGUACAAGCGGCACCUAAAGAAGUCGAUCAAUUGCACAGUCUUCUAUUACAGCGACUUAAACGUGCGCAGGAACGCCAUCCUAAGAAAUUGGCGACAGAUCAUUGACAACCAUUGAUUCUGGCGAAACAUUAAUCACAUACAUCUGCUUAAUUUGUGCAACAUAGGAAGUCAUUGAAAUACGAGAAAGGAGCUAAAAUCUUCAGGAAUAUAAGACUAUUUAGUACGCGCAAUAUUGAAUGGCUAUGAUUUGUGCCUUCCUUCAGAAAUUGUAAUCCUUGGCAGUUUGGAUCAGUAUUCACCGAAAGAAAGAGAGUUUAAGUUGUGGCACUUUGUAUGAGUUUUUAACGCUCCUGUAUAUGUUAAAUUGUUUUUUCGAAAAUAGAAUGUUCACUUAUGAUCGUUUUCAACUGA